AUGAUAUCUCAAAUACGUCGAGACCAGAGUUUUUAUGACCGGGAUAGAAUGUCAAACAUUGAUGCUAUGAAAUUGAAUUUUAAUACUUCAACAAAUUGGUUAAGUGAGGAACCUAUUGAUAUUGUCUCACCGUCUGGAGGUCAUGCAUUUCUUACUUUAACUCGGGAAGGUUCCAGUUUUGCUUCUAAUACAUCUUUAAACUCAAUUGGAGCAAAUAUAAUGACAGAAUCUCCUCCACGCAGUCUAUGUCAUUAUACAGGACAACCCCAAUUUGCAUUGACAUAUAAUAACAGUUCAAGCACUAUCGUUGCCAACGAUAAACGUGAAUCAAUGUCUCCACUCCAGCCAAGUGCUCCAAUUGCGAUUCCAACAAACAAUAAUAAUAAUGAAACUCGUGGCGAUGAACAACAAAAGGAUGAUUCAAUAGGUUCCAACAAUUUCAGCACACCCGAUGAAUUUAGUAGUUUUGGAUUGAUUAAUGAACAUAAUCGUUUUAUUACAACAGUUAACAAUGCUAGAGCUACACUUCCGAAUUAUUCUCCUUUUCGUUCAUCACCUAAAAUUACUCGACCACUUUCUCUUGUUAGAGCUCAAUGUGCUAAUCAACCGGCGUUAGUGGAAGAGGUGACAAAGGACGAAUUUAAUCGUAAAGUUGAACUGGAAAAGUAUUCUGAUGUUGGGAUGAAGAUAAAAUUAGAAAAUGUACAAAAACAAAUGAAGGAACUUGUUGAGAACUUAAAUUCUCUCCGCGAAGCUGGAACAGAAUUACAACAAACUAGCUUUAAUGAAGAAAAUAUUUCUUUGUUUUCAAAAGAAAUUCUUCAAUCUAUCCAAUCUUUGAUAAAACAGAGCUCUCUGAAAGCUGUAGAAGAAUUUAAAUUGAAAAUGGAAAAAGAAAAUGAAGAACGACUGAAAGAAAUGGAAACGAAAAUGAAUGAAAAAAUUGUUGAAAUUGAAGAAAAAUUGGAGAAUGAACGAAAAAUUAGAGAAGAAAGAGAACAACAAUUAAUUGAAAAAGAGAAACAAAUAAGUGAAUUAAAUGAUCAAAUAAUUGCUUUUAAAAAAGAGAAGGAUGAGUUGUCUAAUGUAAUUAGUGAAAAGGAAGAGGCAGUGAAUACUUCACAGAGUAUAACAAAUAGAGCUAAAAUGUUGGAAAGUGCUAUAUCAGAAUCACAAGACAAUGUUAUACAUUCUUCAGUAACAGCCUCAUUUAUUGAUGUGAAAGAUGAAACAAUUAAACCAAAAAUGAGUGAUGUAACACAAAAUGAAAUAUCACGAACUAUUCAACUGCAAAACCGUAGAGUACAAACAAUUAUUCGUAAAAAUGAUAUGAACUUCAUUGUAUCACUUGGAGAGAUAAUUGAAGGAGUUGGUGCUUUAAUUGUAUGGAAUGAGAAGAUGGGCGCUUUUGUUGCACAUUGGUAUAGAAAGUUUUUUGGUAUUAUUGCGUUAGUUUCUCCCCAUAUUUUUUUCUCCUCUUCCAAAAAUUACAAAUGGUCAACUGCCCUUAAUGGUCAAAAUUAG